AUGUGGAAGAAGAAUUCUUUAAAGAUUUUCUGUACGGCCACCAAAUUCAUGGUGAAGUUGAAGACUGCAGUUGAUCAUUAUAGACUCAGACAGAUUACUCAUAGGAUAUACCAAAUAAUUGGAGACAAAGCAUCAGAUUAUUGGUACUAUUAAGCGAAAGGAUUGGUUAAUUAGAAAUGGACCUUCCAAUCUUACAUAAAGAGUUUAUUGAUCUAUAACUUUUGGGUUGAGAUGCAAAUAGGAGUGAUUAAACCUGAUAGCAAAAUCAAAUUGUUGGUCGAUUGCACAAUUCUAAUAUUAAUAGUUAUGAAUAUCUUUUAUAUCCCAAUGUAACUCUCCUUUUCAUUAUAGAACAAUGCUCAAACUGUCGACUUUUUAUUCAGUACAAUUCCGAGUUGGGUAUUUUUAAUGGAAAUCAUUAUCAAUUUCAACACUGCAUAUUAUUAUAAAGGUAUGAUCCAUGAAGAUAGAACUAAAAUAUUUCAACAUUACAUUAAAGGAGACUUCUUUAAGGAUUUGCUGGUAGUUAUACCAUUCCUUAUAUCUCAAUAUAAUAUCCCUUACCUUAAUUUUGUAUUGCUAUUAAGAAUAACCAGAGUCAAUAAAAUAUUUGAAUAAAUCGAGGAAGUAACCAUGAUAAGAGAAAAGUUCGCAGCCCCUAUAGAUGUAUUGAAAUUGAUGAUAUUUUUGAUAUUUGUGGCACAUGUUAGUGGUUGCGCUUGGCAUUACAUAGGCAUUCAAGAAUUCUUUGAAAAUAAUACAGGCUGGCUCAUUAAGUAUGGCUAUUCAGAAAAAGAUUGGGUUAAUAGAUAUGUUGUAUCUCUAUACUUUGGUACUGUGACUUCAUUUACCGUUGGUUUUGGUGAUAUAGUACCAUAGACAUUAGUUGAAUAAGUCUUCUUAAUUAUCAUGGUGUUGAUAACCUCACUUGUUUUUGGUUAUACAAUUUCGUCCAUUUAAAAUAUAUUUGGAUAGCUAAGAGAGAAAACUGAUUAGCAUCGCAAUAAAAUGGCUAAAAUUAACUCAUAUAUGAAGAAAAAUAGAAUAAAUCCAGUUCUGCAAAUGAAAAUUAGAAAGUAUUUUGAAUACUUCUUCACUCUUGAUGAGAGUCCAGAAUUACUUAUGGACAAUCUCAAUGAAGAUCUCAAAUUAGAAUUUAGAACCAGCAUAUAUAAGCCAAUUCUAACCAAAUGCAAACUCUUUAAGAAAUUCGAUGAUAAUCUUUUGAAUCAAUUAUGCAGUGUGGUUUAAAUACAAAAAUUUAUUCCUGGUUAGAUGAUCUUUUAGGAGAAUGAUUCAAUUAACAAAGCAUAUUUUCUUAUCUAAGGGGAAGUAGAUGUAUAAAUUAAUAAAGUCUCAAUCUAAUAACAAUCUGAAGGAUCUCUAGGGAUUAGGGAAUUUUUACUCCAGAAACCUAUACAUUACUCUUUAAAAGCUACUCAAUUCACUGAAAUUGCUUACAUUUUGUAUGAAGAUUUCAAAGUUAUCAUUAGAGAAAAACAAUCUCAUUAAGAAUAAUACUGUUAAAUGAAGGAUUAAUUACUCUAUUAGACUGAACAAUUAAAAUGUGAAAUCUGCUCUUAACUUCAUCAUUUUAGAAAAUGUCCAGUUGUAUUUUAUAGUCCUCCAACAGAUGUGGUCGUAUGUGAUUACAGUGAAGCCAUCAUUUAACCUAGAUACAGUCACAAAAGAAAAUAAAGAAUGCCAUCAUCUACUUUAGUUUCAGCAUAAUAUAAUCUUUCUGCUGCUGUCAAUUAUAUGUAUGAAAAUGAACUACUAAAUGAAGGGAUUAAUGAUACAACCCUUAAAAAAUUUGGGUAUGUUGAUAUUGAAGAAAAAUAAUAAACGAUUGAGGAUGUAAAACUUAAAUCUUUGAAAGUUAUCUAAAAAUUGCAAGAACACCAUGCAUCUAUACCAAAAAUGAAACGUAUGAUCUAUAAAAAUCUAUUGAAAAAAGAUGAGAAUAAAUAAAUGUUAAAUAAAGAAGAAUCUAUUUUAGAGAAUAUGCAUUAAGAGUUUAUAAACUUUAAAAAAGAGGAUCUAAACAAUUUUGAUUUACAUAUGGAGUUCUCCCAUUAUCAUCAGGAUAAGAAUUUAAGUAAAGUCUUGUUGAAUUUCUCAAAAUAAUCACGCUUCAAACCUAAAGAUUAGUUUUUUAGCAAAACAAGAUUAGGAAAAACAAAACAAUUAAGCUCUCAUAAUUCAACUUCAAAUAAUUUAAUGACUAACAAUCAUUCAAUUGUGAAAACUAUAUUUAAUAAAAAAUGA